AUGGCUCCUGGUGCUGCGCAGGCGCAGGCUGGACCCCGGGGCCGCCUGCGGCUGCGGGGGUCCAGCCUGAAAGAUCAACCGUCAACAGCGCCUGGAGCGUCACAACAGCCGCCGCCACCGACCAGCCUCCUCUUCAUCACCACCCUUCAUACUCGACCCACAAGCAGCAUGGCAUAUCCAUGGGUGACGCGCCUCAGAGACACGCUGGUGACCAACAUCACCAACGCCCCUGUGGGUAAGGCCCGCCGCCGCAGUAAGACUAUUCCUCGUCCAGAUGUCACCUAUGGAACACCCAGCGAGAGGAACAAAAAUGGGGGCGUGGCUGAAGCUCUGUCCAGCGUGGAUGUUCAGCCGACGAGUGAGACACUUCGACCUCCAAAUUUCGUGGAUCUGAACCGGGAUGCGGUGAAAGCUGGUCUGUCGACAUGGAAAGAUAUGAAAAAGUACCGGGUUCAGAAGCAGGACGCCGCAGUCCGUAAGGUCCACGUUCCAAGAGAACGUGGCAGGGCUUUGCCACCGCCACCGCCAGACAUCGUGUUUGGAAUCGCCAGCAGGCCGUCAACACCUAUUGCUGGCGUCCUCUCGCACGAGUACGGUCGGCGCUGGCUGGAGGAACACCUGAGAACCAGCAGCCAUAAAAGGGUUCAGAUGAAACUGACACAAACCAGAACCAGCCUGCUGAGGAGGAGGAGGAGCCCAUCUCUGCCUGCUGUGCAAAAACCAUUCAAGCUACCUCAGAUCACAGAGGUGGCUUCAGUCCUGGACACCUUCAGGGACCCAGCGGCCCGUGAGCGGGCUUUCAGGGCUCGUCAGUCCACGUCGCUGUCCAGGACAGAACAUCAGGGUCCUGGGACAAACGGUCAGGACUGA